UAUUUCCUACUUCUGUACACAAGUCUCUACCUCCAGAUCUGUUGGGUUCGGUUGCUAAGAAGCCUGACACAUCAGUGUACCCAGAAGAAACUAUACUCUGAGCAGGGAGAUGGCAGAUAAUAUGAUUGCCCAGUUCAACUAUGUGCUGUCCACAGCUAAUUCUCUGUUGACAAUGAAUAGUAUAGAGAACGAUGAAGAAAUCACCACCACAUUUGAAUACGAAGAUGGCAUCGAACCCUGCCGAAAAACCAACGUGAAACAGAUGGCGGCUACACUCCUGCCUCCACUCUACUCGCUGGUGUUCAUCUUUGGUUUUGUGGGUAACUUGCUGGUCGUGCUCACCCUGAUAAACUGCAAAAAGCUCAAGAGCAUGACCGACAUCUACCUGCUCAACCUGGCCAUCUCUGACCUGCUGUUCCUCCUCACCAUCCCGUUCUGGGCUUAUCACGCUGAGCAUGAGUGGGUCUUAGGGAAUGUGAUGUGCCAGCUGUUCACAGGCCUGUAUCACAUCGGUUAUUUCGGGGGAAUCUUCUUCAUCAUCCUCCUGACAAUCGAUCGGUACCUGGCUAUCGUCCAUGCUGUGUUUGCUUUAAAGGCCAGGAAGGUCAGUUUUGGGGUGGGGACAAGUGUGAUCACCUGGAUGUUGGCUGUGAUCGUCUCUCUCCCAGGAACCCUGUACACCAAAGCCCAAAAAGAAGACAAUGGUAUCUCCUGUGGCCCUUAUUUCCCAUCAGGAUUCAAGGCUAUCCAUACAAUAAUGAGGAGCGUGUUGGGCCUGGUCCUGCCACUGCUCGUCAUGAUCAUCUGCUACUCAGGAAUCCUAAAAACGCUGCUGCGGUGUCGAAAUGAGAAGAAGAAGCACAAAGCAGUGAGGCUCAUCUUCGCCAUCAUGAUAAUGUACUUUCUCUUCUGGGCUCCCUACAACAUCGUCCUUCUCCUGGACACUUUCCAGGAGCCCUCUGGCCUGAGUAACUGUCAGAGCACCAGCCAUCUGGACCAGGCCAUGCAGGUGACCGAGACCCUCGGGAUGACGCACUGCUGCAUCAACCCCAUCAUCUACGCCUUCAUCGGGGAGAAGUUCAGAAGCUACCUCUCAAGGUUUUUUCGAAAGCACAUCGCCAAACACCUCUGCAAGCAGUGUCCAGCUUUCUAUAGGGAGACAGCAGAUCGAGUGAGUUCAAUGUACACUCCUUCCACUGGGGAGCAGGAAGUCUCAGCUGGUUUGUAAAUGAGCAGCAGUUUUUUUGUUCUCUUAGAGGGAGAUAACAAUCUACAUGUGAUGGUAAGCCUCAAGGGUUAAUUGAAGAACAGAGACCUGUACAUUCUAAAUUGCGCAGGAACCUCAGGGUUAUAUGUAGCAAGACAUACUCAUGUCCUUUCUUGGAUAGCUGACAUGUGCUCAGGGAACAUUCCAGAAAAAUGGUGGGUAGAGUCUUUGACCCACCACCAAGUUCAAUUCCUGGAGAAUGCCACAUUGCCUUGCACUAAUGCUCUAUUGUAUCUAAUGUCCAGUCUUCAUCAAGUCUUCACUUACUCUCUGGUUUGAUCAAUGUCUUUAAUAAAGGGCUCAGUUGGACAUAGGGAGGAGAAUGAGAGAGGCAUGGGGGUGGGGAGUGAGGGUGAGAAGGGUCAGCCAAGUGUAAGGAGGAGGGAGGCCUGAGAACACUGAGCCUGUAUGAGGAUGCAGGCAAGGGCCCACUCCUUCAGCCAGAAAGCAGUGCUGCCCUUAGCCCACCCCCCACCCAUACUUAAACCAGUAGGUGUCACCAGACCAUGAGAGCUUGGAAACUGUACUAACUCUCCAGGAGCUUUGGUUGGGUUCCAUGAUCUCCUUCCCAGUCAGUGCAUGACACACAUGUGCUUUAUUAUUGUUUAUCUGUGACAACAACACUCCCUACAUUUGAAAUCCGUUAAAUAUCACACCCCAUUGUUCAUAUGCUUCUAAGACCACACCCACCUAUAUAAAAACAAAAAUUUUGUUUAUAAAAUAUGUGCAAUCUCAUAAGAUGGAAAAAAAUUAAACCCUGGUUUGGCCUUUCCAGAGAAAGGGGAGAGUUGGAGACAGUGGUUAUGAGAAAAGCGUGAUGACUGUUGAGUUCCCCCCCGGGCGGGGGUGGGGGGAGCAUCAUGGUAAGAGCACAGGAGGGCAUGAGAGUACUGCAGGGGUGUCUCCAGAAUCAGCUGAGAGACCAGCAAGGAUGCAUCUGAACCCCAAAAGUCCUGCGUCUCCAGGUCUGAUCUGUUUGUUUUCUUGUUACCCUACCUCCUUUAUCACCUAACUCUUGCCUACUCCAAAAAUCAGUUUGUAGAAGUCCAAGAGAAUAGAUUUGGGGGAAAUUGGAGGAAACAAUGCCACAAGAGCCCUGGGGUGGGCCCUGGAGAGGCAAACAAUCCAUUAGGGCCUUGAAGUGUGUCCUUAGGACAGAGGAGGGACCUGGAGGUGUGUCAGAGGACUGUGUAAAUUUCCAGGUCAGUGGGCCCAGGUGAGGAAGACUCUAGAUGGGUUGGAAUAAAUGCUUUCCAAACUAUCUUUCCAGCACCAAGUUUUGGGAUUAGGCAUAGAUUCAGAUUUUUUGUAAUACAAUGUAAAAAUAAAUUUAAGCUGGAAAUUGCACCCUGCAAAUGUGGCAAAGUAUCCUUUUAAGAGUUGCGGUUAAGCCAAGCCUGAAAAUGCUGUAUUAGUCAUAGCAACAAUUUUGGUAUUGAGUUCAAAACUCUGGAACAUGUCUUCAUGUUUGGAAACUGCCGAUUCAGCAUUAGUAGUUGCUGGUCACAGAUUGGAGCUCCGUGGCUGGUGGACCUGCUAACUCCCGGUGACCCCAUCACAGCACACGCCCCACAACUGUCGUCCUGACUGCGUCUUUAUUCUCUCACACUUUCACAAAAAAUAUUGUUUGGUAUCCUUGUAAAGUCAUGUAUUUAACCAUAUUUGAAGCUUCAGUGCUUUGCAGAUAUACUUGUUCAUGCUCAAAUUGCCCCUACUUUGGAAACUACUAACCAAAGACUUUAGCCCCCUCUGCUGUGGAGGGGAGCUGCAGAGACUCACCUAAGGAAGCAAAUCAUUUCUUGUUGGUUGAGCCAAGUUCAGAAGAACAUACCUGUUACACCCAGUGCCUUUCUGAUCGGAGGCAAGUAACACAGGCUCUGGCAUCUGGCAGCUGGGGAGCUGGAACUUGCAUGGUUUACUUCUAGCCUGUGGCUAGGGAAGGUUUCAGAAGGAAGUGUGUGCUGGGUCGGGCAAUGCUUCAUCUUCUCAGGCAUAUAUUCUCCCAAUGAAGGCAUGACAUUUUGAUGAUGAUGAUGAUGAAUGUAAAUAUUGCUUUUGAAGAAAAAGAAAAACUACAACCUGGAAAAUGACUCGAUGUUCUUACAAUAUUGUUUUUAAGAAAGAACUGUCAACUCUCCCAUUUCCUUCCUUCACCCUCUGGCAACCAUCUUGCUGUUCUUUCUAACUGCCAGUUGGACUGUUUCAGUAUGGCUGUGCAGUCAUGCAGUAUGCGUCCUCCUGAGACUGCUGAUUUCAUUUAGCAUAAGGUCCUCGAGGUUCAUCUGUAUUGCCACAUGGGGGGAUUUUCUUUUUUAAGGCUAAUAUUCCACUGUAUGCAUAUACCACAUUUUCUUUAUCCAUGUAUCAAUGCCAAAAAUUCCUGUUAAACAAGUUAUGCUAUAAAUAUCUGCUUUGCAACAUUGUGCUUGUAUGUAAAGAUACUGCAUGGUAGAUUUAAACUACCUGCUAAGAGCCUAGCUCUCAGUCAUGUUCUUAUCACAAUAAAAAUAAUAAAAGC